GCAGCAGAAAGUGAAAAGAGUCUCACUGAUACAGCUCCUCUCUGACUUUUACACUUCAUCAUCAUCGUCUUCUUCGUAGUCGACCAUGUCGGUUCUUCCUCUGCGGGUGAAAAUGCUGCGGCGGGUCUGGAGGUUGAAGGGGGUCUUCAUCCUGGUCUGCAGCCCGUUUAUCCUGCUGCCGCUCGCCCUCAGCACCACGGAGGCGGCCUGUGCUUAUGUCAUAGGCCUCAUGGCGGUGUACUGGUGCACAGAGGUGCUGCCUCUGGCGGUGACAGCGCUCCUGCCGACCAUCCUGUUCCCCGUCCUCGGCAUCAUGCAGUCCAAAGACGUGUGCAUGCAGUACCUGAAGGACACCAACAUGCUGUUCGUGGGUGGGCUGAUGGUGGCCGUGGCAGUGGAGCACUGGAACCUCCACAAACGCAUCGCGCUCAGAGUCCUCCUGCUGGUCGGUGUUCGACCUGCCCUUUUGAUGUUGGGCUUCAUGGGAGUCACAGCCUUCCUGUCCAUGUGGAUCAGCAAUACAGCCACCACAGCAAUGAUGGUCCCCAUCGUCCAGGCUGUUCUGGACCAGCUCAACGGCAAAGUGGAGCCCGAACCUUCCUCCACAGGACAACGAGGCAUUGUUGUUCUACACCAGGAACGUCAGGAGAACACCAGCAGCAUCCUGCAAAAUAAUGGUCUGAAUGGGCGGACUCCAUCACAAGGCAACUCAGAGAAAACCAGCAGCCUACAGGAAGUGACCCCUGAGCAGAAAGAGUCUUCAGAGGGUCAGACGGAAAGACAGGAGAUCCUCAAACCGAUUCCAGAGGACAAGCCUCCAUCAGACUGCACCGACAGCGGGCCUGUGGAGACGGUCCGCUGUCAGAUGGUGUUGGAGGAGCUGAGCGACGAUGAAGAUGAGAGGAAGACGAUGAGUAAAGGACUCCUGCUGUGUGUGUGCUACGCUGCAAGCAUCGGAGGCAUCGCUACUCUGACCGGAACUGGACCAAACCUGGUUCUGAUUGGACAGAUGAGCCAACUCUUUCCUCAGAACGGUGAUGUAAUCAACUUUGCAUCCUGGUUCGCGUUCGCCUUUCCCACCAUGAUACUGACCCUUACACUGGCCUGGUUCUGGCUGCAGUUCCUCUACAUCGGCUGCAACCUGCGGAGGACGUGGGGAUGCGGGGCGGUGAAGUCAGAGAAGGAGCUAGCAGCGUACGAGGUGAUAAGAGGCGAAUAUCUACGCCUGGGGAAGAUGAGUUAUGGGGAGAAAAAUGUUCUGGCUCUCUUCCUUCUUAUGGUGGUGCUGUGGUUCACACGAGAUCCCCGCUUCAUGGACGGCUGGGCCACGCACAUCUUCAACUCCAGGGCCGAGUUCGUCACUGAUGCGACCGUCUCUCUGUUUGUUGCUGUUUUGUUGUUUGUUCUUCCCUCUGAGCCGCCGUCCUUCCUCUGCUGCAGGAAGAGCUCUGACACAGAGUCUCAGGUGUCGAGAGGCCCCACCCCUUCUCUGCUGACCUGGCAGGUGACUCAGAAGAAAAUGCCCUGGAACAUCGUACUGCUGCUGGGAGGAGGCUUCGCCCUCGCCAAAGGCAGUGAGGAGUCCGGUCUGUCCCGUUGGCUCGGCAAUCAAAUGACGCCGCUCCACUCGAUCCCUCCCUGGGCGAUAGCCGUCGUCCUCUGCCUCCUCAUCGCCACCUUCACGGAGUGUGCCAGCAAUGUUGCCACGGCAACCCUGUUCAUGCCCAUCCUGGCUUCCAUGUCCCAGUCCAUAAGUCUGAACCCUCUGUACGUGAUGAUCCCGUGCACGCUCAGUGCCUCCUUCGCCUUCAUGCUGCCAGUGGCCACGCCCCCAAAUGCCAUCGUCUUCUCCUACGGUUUACUUAAAGUGUCCGACAUGGCUCGGGCAGGCGUGGUCAUGAACAUCAUCGGGAUCAGCUGCAUCACACUCGCCAUCAACAGCUGGGGUCGCGUCAUGUUCAACCUGGACUCGUUCCCAUCAUGGGCAAACGCCACAGCGCCUGUUUGAGUGCGAUAACUCCUUCUUAUCUUACUCGGUAAACACCUUAAGGCGUCAUCAAUGAACUCCAACCAGGAAAUUGUAGGCUAGUUUUCGUUCAGGAGCUUCAGACUUCAAAAACAUUGUUGUCAUGUUCGGAUCCUCUCUCCUCGAAUGCAAAGUUUGUUUGAAAACUUCGGCUUUAAGCUCCAAACAAAGACAUUCAAUCAUGAAUUCCUGUAAGCUUACCUCUCAUUUAUGGGUUAGGGUCCUUACUUUAUUUCAAAAUAAAAGCACACAGCAAGUAAAGUACUCUCAGCUUAGGACACUACAAACAU